AUGGCUUUAUUGGCAACAGAUAUACCCAUGCGGUCCGGUAAUGUGUAUAUAUACGAAGGGAUGUCACGGUAUUUAUGUGAAUUAUUCUUCUCUUUUUUCUCACGGUGCUUUUGUAUUUCUUGUUGCAUGGUGUCUUGUAGUGAAGAGGGAAUUGGUGUGCGAGUGGUGCGGGGAGAUUUGUUGCAGCUGCUUCUGGAGAAUUGCGCCUGGGCCACGGCAAGGAUGAACGAUGUGGCGUUAUUCAAGAUUGGGGUGGCGCUGUCCCUGACGUCAGUUACGGUCUUGGGGAUGUGCACGCCUUUUUUGUGCGUGCAGAAUGCCAAAGGCAACACGCCACCCCGCCCCCGCACACAACUCAUGACAAGUUCGCGGCCACUGUCACUGGCGAAUUGCUUCUCGGCCGGUACGCUGCUUGCAAUUUCGCUGGUGCAUUUUAUGCCAUGCGCUCUCGCGACGGCUGGAAACGGUGUUUCCCCGACAGCACUCUGUGCCGCAUUGAUGAUUGGUGUCCUUUUUCCCGCCUUGAUUGAACGCAACAUCACUGAAAGUGUGGCACAGAGUGGGUACGGUCAUAGUCAUGGCUUGUUUCUUGCACACGAGAGUUAUCAGCGCCUAACACUGAUGCCACUUAUUAUGCUGCCCAUGUGCUUUCACGCGGCAGUGGAAGGAGUUCUGUUGGGUCUUGAGGCCUCCGUCGCUGCCCUCAUGGGUUCUGCCGUGCCGCUUUUUGUUCACCGUUUCUUUGACGGUGUCGUUGUCGGUGUCUGCAUUGCGAAGGAAGUCCGCGCCGAGAUGGAGGCGGUUGAUGAAGUGACGCCACUCAACGCCGCGGAAAAGAAUACCACGGCCGGUGAUUUUGCUGCAACGUUUAGGCGUCGCGCUUGCCGGUUCCCCAUCAUUCUGUGGCUCUGCAUCAUGCCGACCGCUCUUCUGUUCUGUGUAGUGCUCACAGGCGACUUCCAUGUCCAUGGCGUGAGCGAGGCACUCCAUCGCGGCGGUCUGACUCGGCCCUCAGAUGGCGCGGAAAGUCACCUGAGAGGCAGCUGGCACAAGGAGAGUAAAUGGCUGGCGCUCACACAGGCUGUGGGCAGUGGCUUUUUUUUAUACGCAGGCCUCACGACACUUACGCUGGAGGAGCUGAAAGGGACACGGGCAAGCUUAGCCCUGUUCGCAGGGGUCUUAUUCACCUCUCUUCUCGGUGCCAUGGAAACCCAUUAA